AGCCUUGUAGAAGGCAAGGCCCCCUCCUAUCUCCCUUUGGAAACUGUUGAGGUUUGCUCCACGCCAGCCCCUCAAAAACCGAUCAAGGAUAAGAAGACUCAGACAGCCAAAAGAAUAGCCAGCAUUCUUAAGAAUCCUUCACGAACUCAAUGAAGAAGUUAUCAAAAUCACAAGUCAAAAGCACAAAGCCGGCUAGUGUUAAAAGGGACACGAAUGCUAAGAGCCUAGUUGGAACUCCCAACAUUGCCCAAGAAAACCCUGCCAUCAAAAGGCAAACACUGGAAGAUGGAAAAUCGCUGCAGAUUCUGACGAUCGGUAAACCUUCAAAUCUGCCUCACAACUCAAGAACCGGACUCAUCAGUAGCAGUUCCAGCCUCUGCCUCUCAACUGCUAAAAUCAAAACAAAGAAAGAGGACAGAAAGCUGUACGUUCGAGAACAAGCGCCAUUUUUGUCCCUGGCAGAAAUGAUGAGUAAAUUUCUGUCAGGGAUGAGAAGCAGUUCUAUUUCACUGAGUGGUGCUGCUGGAACUAUAAAAACAAAGCCUAAGCUUACUUUAACAAGGACAAAAACUCCUGAAUUCGAGACAUCACAGCAGGUGCGCUCUAAGAUUAAAAGUUCCGCUGAGUUAGAGGAGGAAGCAAUGGCUAAAAUCCCCAAGUUUAAGGCUCGUCCCCUAAACAAAAAGAUUUUCGAGGCCCCAGCUUUACCACCAUUGCCGAGAAGCACUCCGCAUCCUCCAGAAUUUAAGGAAUUCCAUUUGGAGGCCAUGUCAAGGGCCAUUCAGAAUGCAGAAACGCCCACUGUGGUCUCAAGACUCUCAACAGAAUCGACAGCGGGUCAGAACCAUCAAUGGAAAACAGCACCAAAAUCACCUCUUCUUCAGACGUCUCUCAGAGCUCGUCCACCGACCAUCAAAAGCUCUGAAGAACUAGAGAAGGAGGAACUUGGGAAUAUUCCACAGUUCAAAGCAAGACCAUUAAAUAAAAAGAUAUUCGAGAGUAAAGGGGAAAUGGGAAUAUUUUCUCAUAUGAAGAAGCCGCUCACUACUCCUGAGGAAUUUACUUUUGCCACAGAUAAAAGAAUCCCACCACUAGUUGAGGUUGUAGAUUUAUUUGAUAAGUUGUCAAUAAACUCACAAUCUCACCAGGAGAAGCCUCUUCCUAGAAAUACCACACCAAAUCCGUUCCAUCUCCACACUGAGGAAAGAGGGGCGCAGAAGGAAAAAAGAAUAGCACAUGAAUCUUUACAGAAACAGCAAGAAGAAGUGAGAGCCAGAAUACCAAAAGCUCAUCCAUAUCCUUACACAACUGACUACCCCGUGAUUCCACCAAAGCCAGAGCCAAAGCCAUGCACAAAACCGGAACCUUUUGAGCUGCAAAGCUUGCUGAGGCACGAAGAGGAGAUGCAGAGAGAAAUGGAAGAGAGGAGGAGGAGGGAUGCGGAAGAAGCCGAGAUGCGAAAAUUCAAAGCACAACCUAUCUUGAACGAGUAUGUCAAGUUGACUCGUUUCAUGAUUUUCGUUUUUAUUGCUUCUGAGCAGUUUUGGACUUAUUUACCGAUAUUGGAAACAACUCGUGUAACGUGUGCUGUUGACGUGUAUACCAGGGACCCUAUUCCAGUUCCUGUGAGAGAACGAAAGCCCCUCACCGAAGUUCAGGAUUUCAAUCUGCAUGUCGAGCACCGGGCUGCUGAAAGAGCAGAAUUUGAUAAAAAGAUUAAGAAGAAAGAAAUGGCUUACAAGAGAUACUUAGAGGAAAAAGAUUCUGCAAGGAUGGAGGAGGAGGAGAAGGCCUUGAAACAGCUGCGGAGGUCAAUGGUCCCACGUGCAAGACCCAUGCCUAACUUCGCAAAUCCUUUCUUACCGCAAAAGUCUGUCAAAGAAGUAAGGAAAUUCAAGUCCCCAAAGCUGCAUGUCGACUGUAGGAAAGAGAAGAGCAGAGUAGUAUUUCCCUCUGCAACCGCUACCCAUCUCAUCAGGUACAAACCCUACAAAUUCUCAGAAGUCUGUCCCGAAAAGAUUGAGAGGGUUGAUUUGGUGCGUGGCCAAUGGGGAACCGUUGGAUCAGUCAUUUGCUGGUACUAUAUCCUUGAUGGAGAAAAGCAAAUAUCAAGUGCCACAAUUGAAGCCAUAGAUGAGCACAAGAAAUCGAUGAAAUUUACUGUGAUAGAAGGAGAUCUGAUGCAUGAAUACACCACCUUCAAAAUUCUUGUCAACGUGGACACCUCUAAUGAUGGAGAGCACGUAGUAACGUGGACCCUAGUGUACGAGAAAAAGUCCCAAGCCGUGUCGGACCCACACUGGCUAAUGGACCUUUGCCUUGAGAUGAGCCUAGACAUUCAGCGCAGCAACAUGCGCCUCUAUCACCAUAAAUCGGAUGGCAAUUUGUUCCAUGAGCUGUUAAGGUACAAACCCCACAAGAUUGCAGAAAUCUGUCCUGAAAAAGUUGAGAGGGUUGAUUUGGAGCGUGGCCAAUGGGGAACCGUUGGAUCAGUCAUCUGCUGGUACUAUACCAUUGAUGGAGAAAAGAAGAUAGCAAGAGAGAUGAUUGAGGCCAUAGAUGAGCACAAGAAAUCGAUCACCUUUACUGUGAUGGAAGGAGAUCUGAUGAAUGCCUACAAUACCUUCAAAUUAAUUGUCGACGUGGACACCUGUCGUGAUGGAGAGCACGUGGUAACGUGGACCCUAGUGUACGAGAAAAAGUCCCAAGCCGUGCCGGACCCACACCAGCUCAUGAACAUUGGUCUUGAUAUGAGCCGAGACAUUGAGCGCAGCCACAUGCGCCUCGUUCCCAACUAAUUUAAUGGACUCUUGAAUGAUCAUUCAUCGAUCACCUACAAGAUUAUUGCUACAAGAAUUAAGGCUCUACUAUGAAUGUCUAAAUAAUUAUGUACUUGUGAUUGAACAAUAAAAUGCUUAUUUAAUGAGCUUAUGAAUGUACUAAUUAUCGAAUCAUGCACUGACAAGAUAUAAAUGGCCUAAUUUCAUUUUUAGUUCACUAUAUUGGUAAUUUCCAG